AGUUUGUGAGGGUGAGACGGCGGUUUGCGCGGUCGUUCGAGCUCGAUUCGCUGCUGGUCAACUGUGCCUCGGAGCAGCUGGUGCGCUGGGACCGCGACCGGGACCAGAUAAACCGCCUGGACAAGGCCUCGGCGUUCCUGUCUGCUGUCUCCAGCACCAUCGUAAAGAAUGGUGUGGGCUGCAUCAUCUGGAAGACAUUUCUACAGAAACGCUUUGAAGCCCUCGUCCUGCUGAUGGAAAAGAUGGGCAAGACACCCAAGGAUCGGGUCUGCAGGAGGGAUGUGGAGAUCAGCGACAUCCACCUGGAGCGGUUUGUUGGCUUCUGCUCACAGAUCCUGGAAGCCAUACUGGAAGCUGCGGUGGGCCCCGAGGUGGAGACACUCCCCGUGCUGCCCCAGGAGCCCCUGUGGCAGGGCCAGGAGCAGACGGGACCCCAGCCGCUGGUGUCCCACACCCUGGGGCAGAGGCCCCCCAACAUGGCCUCCGUCCGCCACCACCUGUUUCUGGCCACCGUCGCAAGGACCGUCGUCUGCUUCGGCAUGCGCUCCGUCCGGCCCCUGUCCCUCUUCACACCCUCGGUGCGCAAGGCCUUCUUCCAGGACCUGCACUCCCCCCUGGUGGCACCCACGACGACCGUGUCACCCUCGCUCAAGUCCUCUCCGCAGCGGAGCUUCCUGCUGCGGGCCGCGUCGGCCGUGAUCCAGUCGAUCCCGGACGGGGCCGCACCCGAGACGCUCUCCUGGCAGUUCGGCUGGCUGGAGCGUCUGCUCGACCUUGCCUGGAACUGGGGGGAGGAUCUGGAUGUGGUUCGGCGACACUGCGUCUGUGAGCUCUACUCCGGGGGCCAGGACACAUUCGCCGAGGAGGUGACGCCGGCGGUCAAGAACCGGGCUGAGUUGGGCUCCCAGCUGCUGGUGAUAGCGGGUCAGAGGGUGCACCACCUCCUAUUCAUGAAUGACGCCAGCAUGGCCAGCCGGGUGGCAGAGCUACCUCCGCACGUCAGCAACUGGCUUAGGGCACAGGACCCCAAGGUACUACGUCUGUGCAAUCCACCAGUCUCUCAGACGAUCUCACUCCUUGAUCGUGCCAUGAACUACCUUCCUGAAGACAGCCACGACCAAGAGAUAGCCAUCUCACUUUCAGAGGUUGUGCACAAGAUGGCGUCGUCGCAGCCCAACAGUCUGCACAACACGUGAUGUGGUAGACCGCUCGACCUUUUAAGUCGCAUGACCCCAGUGAGAAGUGCUCCGCUGUUCCAGCUCAGCCCUUCAGCCGCUGUUCGUCGUCUUCUUCUGCGGGACAAAGAGGUUCGAAAAGUGUUCAAGGUAUUUGCAGGUGCUGAUGAAGUGCAGAAAACUGGACUUAAAACAGAGUGCACAAAAACACGAGGGCAAAAGGAAGGCACGUACCACGGAUGGGUGUCUGUCUUCCUUUGGUCCCCAUUGUUUUGUGCACACUGUUCUUAGUGGGGCUGAAGAAGUGUUGUGCCAUUAGUCAUCAACUGCACUGCACAACUCUUCUUUUUAUUUGUCAUAGGUGAGAGGGUCUGUUGUGGUCUUCAAAAAUUGUGUCCGCAUGCUGGGACUCGGCGAGAUGGCCACAUUUUUAAAGUUGCUCAUAUCGAGCAGGGUAAAUUGUACAAUUACAUUAGGCAAUAUGGAUGCCUAACUGUGAAUCACUUAGCGAACAUCUCCUUAGCUUUGCUGAGAUUACGUCAUUACGUCUGUGCCAGAGAUUAUUUAGGAUGAUUAAAAUAUAUGACAAUGCA